AUGGGGCUGGAAGCGGCCGGCCGUCCCUGGGAGCCGGGCUCUCAACCGAUCGCCCCCGAUCGGGGCGCGGUCGUCUUCGUGUGGCUCCUUCUCAGCACCUGGUGUACAGCCCCCGCCAGUGCCAUCCAGGUGACGGUGUCAGACCCCUACCACGUGGUGAUCCUCUUCCAGCCCGUGACCCUGCCCUGCACCUACCAGAUGACUGCCACCACCACAGCCCCCAUCAUCAUUUGGAAGUACAAGUCCUUCUGCCGGGACCGUAUCGCUGAUGCCUUCUCCCUGUCCAGCGCAGACAACCAGAUCAACGCGCAGCUGGCAGCUGGGAACCCAGGCUACAACCCCUAUGUGGAAUGCCAGGACAGUGCACGCACCGUCAGGAUAGUGGCCACCAAGCAGGGGAAUGCCGUGACCCUGGGCGACUACUACCAGGGCCGGAGGAUCACCAUCACAGGAAAUGCGGAUCUGACCUUCGAACAGACGGCAUGGGGCGACAGUGGUGUGUAUUACUGCUCUGUGGUCUCAGCCCAGGACGUGCAGGGGAACAACGAGGCCUACGCGGAGCUGUUGGUUCUGGACUGGCUCUUCGUGGUCGUGGUCUGCCUCGCGGGCUUCCUUGUCUUCCUCCUCCUGGGGAUCUGCUGGUGUCAGUGCUGCCCACAUACCUGCUGCUGCUACGUCCGGUGCCCCUGCUGCCCUGAAAAGUGCUGCUGCCCUGAGGCCCUGUACGCUGCCGGCAAAGCAGCCACCUCAGGUGUCCCCAGCAUCUACGCCCCCAGCACCUAUGCCUACCUCUCUCCUACCAAGACCCCACCCCCGCCACCAACCAUGAUUCCCAUGGGCCCCAUCCACAACGGGUACCCUGGAGACUUCGACAGGAACAGUUCAGUUGGUGGUCACAGUUCCCAGGUACCCCUGCUUCGUGACACAGACAGCAGUGUGACCUCGGAAGUCCGCAGCGGCUACAGGAUUCAAGCUAACCAGCAAGAUGACUCCAUGCGAGUUCUGUACUACAUGGAGAAAGAGCUGGCCAACUUUGACCCUUCCCGGCCCUGGCCUCUCAACGGCCGCGUGGAGAGGGCCAUGAGUGAAGUCACCUCCCUUCAUGAGGACGACUGGCGGUCCCGGCCUUCCAGGGGGCCUGCCCUCACCCCGAUCCGGGACGAGGAAUGGGACCGCCACUCUCCACAGAGUCCCCGGCGAUGGGCUCAGGAGCCUCCCACCGAGCGUCCUGGGAGUGGUUGGGGGUCCGGGCGGCCGCGGGCCCGCUCUGUGGAUGCCCUGGAUGACCUAGCCCGCCCGGGCUCAGCCGAGUCAGGCACGAGGUCACCCCCCAGCAGCGGGCGGAGGGGGCGAGCCUACGCACCCCCGAGGAGCCGCAGCCGGGAUGACCUCUACGACCAUGAUGAUCCCCGGGACUUUCCACCUUCCCGGAAUCCCCACCAUGACAACUUCAGGGCUCGGGACCGCUCUCAUGCAGACCCCAGGUCUCGCUACCCCCGGUCCCGAGACCCUCGGGAUGACGGCUCCCGAGCUAGGGAGCCUCCAUAUGACGGACGACUGCUGGAAGAGGCCUUGAGGAAGAAGGGGUCCGGGGACAGGCGGCGACCCUACAGGGAGGAAGUAGAGCACGAGGAGGACUACUACCCUCCCGCGCCUCCACCUUACUCAGAGACAGAAUCGCAGGCCUCCCGGGAGCGGAGGCUGAAGAAGAACCUGGCCCUGAGUCGAGAGAGCUUGGUUGUCUGACCUCAACGUUUUGUAGCUUUUUUUCUACUUUUUUUUUUUUUCUUAAUUCGACAGACAACUGAGGCAGAUCCUCCCCUCCUGAGUUUAAUAAAGUUUACAAUGACAA